AUGGAGGCCCAGCAAACAUCUACGCCUUGGGCAGGGAGGAAGGAGCCCGCGUCCUUCGUCACAGAGGCGCCAACUCCAGCUGAUUGCCCACCUGCACCACAGCUGCUGCAGCGACAACCCAUGCAGCAGCAGCAGCAGCAGCAGCAACCCCUGCAGCAGCAGCAGUUGCAGCAAGCGCACCUGCAGCAGCUCCAACAGCUUCAGCAAACGCAGCAGCAGCUCCUCCAGCAGCAGGUUUUGCAACAGCGGCAGCAGCGGCAGCACCAACAACAGUUGCUCCUGCCAGUGCCUGGUGCAGGGACAACAGCAGCAGCAGCAACGACGACAGCAGCGUUAGCAGCAGCAGCAGCUCAUGGAGCUCCACAACCUCACCUCUUGCCUCCUUCAAGCCACUUGCGCGGCGCCUGCGAUCUGCCGGGUUGCUAUGGUGGGUCUUUAGGCUUCGGGGAGCCGGCAGCAGCAGGAGCAGCAGCAGCAGCAGCAGGAGGGGCACCAACAGCAGCAGAAGCAACGACAGCAACUCAGGCAGCAGCAGCAGCAGCAGCAGAGGGACCUGCAGCAGCAGCCCCAUCAGGCCGCAUGCUGCAUCCUUAUUUUAAGGAUUCGCCACAGCUGAACAGCUUUACUCCUUUCCUAUCGUCGCAUACGGAGAGUUCUGUUAUUGCUGAGAGGCCUUACAUUGGCGACGACGGUGCUCCUCCAGCAGUGGCAGCAGCAGCAGCAGCAGCAGCAGCAGCUGCAGCAGCAGGUGGCGGUGGUGGGUCCAUUGCUGCAGGCUGCUGCAGCAUACCGGGAGAAGGGCACCACCAGCUUGGGUCCCUACAAGCAGAGAAGCAAAACCCCCCCUUGAAGUUAGUGGUGGUGAUCCUGGGUUUGCUGCAGGCGGUGCAGCACGGCUUGCCGGCUGCAACUGCCUUUGCUGCUACUGUUGACCCCGAGAUAUUUUAUGUACCCUGGAGCAUUUUUGUUUAUGUUUGGUGGCUGGGAAACGCAAAAGAGAGCCACUAUAUGAUAUAUUUGAAGACAACAGAGGAGGCUCCUGAGCCGUUGAUGUAUUUUGGUUUGUUUGGUUCUUCUUUGUUGUUUACGCGGAGUUUAUUUCGUGUUAUUCAAGUAACAAACAUGGUGCUGAUGGUGCUAGCUGUACGUCGACUGCUGCUGGCGGUGAUGGUUUUCUGCUUUGAGUUGGGGUUUCUUAUGAGUAUGAACGCCCAGGUUGUUCACUACCUCCGCCGCUCUUCUGCUGUUCGCAAGCUGAACGCAAAGUGGAUCGCUGCACUCUCCACCAGACAAACAAAAGAGACAGAUAACGGCCCCAUGUACACAAGCAUCCCUUCCACCGACAGCAGCACCAAAGCGCUAAAGCAGCAGCACAAGCAGCAGCAGCAGCAGCAGCAGCAGCAGAAGCAGCAGCCGCAGCAAGGGCAGCAGCAGCAGCAGCAGCUAACAGAAAGCUGUGCCGUGUCAGUGGACUCUUUUGAGCCGGAAGCAACAGCUUGUCUCUCUCCCGGGGAGCUGCAGCUGCAGCAGCAGCUGCUGCAGCAGGAGCAGCAAGACAGGCGCUGCUGCCCUCGUAGUUGGUGCCGGGGGAUAAAAGAAAAUUUGGGUUUUCUUUUGAAGGCGUUUGUUGGGGGUCUGAAGAUGUUUGCUGCUGCUACGGGGCAGCGUCGGCUGCUGCUGCGGGGGUUUGGGUUCGAGAAGGGGGGCUCCUCAACGUGGGGGGGAGAAGAGACACAGAACAGAGGCAACCCGUUGCUGUUUCCUUUUGCUGUUAAUGCCUUUGCAAAUAAAGCGGAAAGACUGCAAGAAAGAAUGCUGCAGGGGACCGUGCUGCCGGAGCCGCUGCGCCCGAAGAACAUUGAAAGCAGCAAAACCUCUCAAGUACGAAAUUGGUUGAACGUUCAUUUUUGUUUAUAUUCUCCCCCGAUGAUAUUCUUGCCGGGCAGACGCAUCGAACUAAACAACAAAGAUCUCGCGGCAAACGCUGCAGCUCUCCUCUUUGCUGCCAUUGUCCAUGCGGGGGACCCUCGGGGGGCCCCCUCAGACACCUGCAAAGGGGGCCCCUCAGGGGGCCCCAACCAGGCACCCACAGGGAGCCCGAAAGGGGGCCCCGAUGGGGGCCCCAUAGAUAGCCUCAAAGGGGAUCGAGGUGCAGAAUCAGAGAAACAGAAGGCAAUGGAUGGGGAUGACAAAGACCAGAAAGGGUUGAGCAGCAGCAACUGUACAGAAAAAAGAAAAGAAAAAGAUGAAGCAGAAGAGCAGCAGAAAGAAGAUUUCUCUGAAGCACUUGAACACUCGAACAAACUCAACAAGAAUUCAGAUGGGAUGCUGCAGGGACGCACAGAGAGGCUGCAAGAGACCCAGUCUCUGGAGCAGCAGCAGCAACUGCAGCAGCAACAUAAGCAACAGAAGCAGCAGCAGCCGCUGCAGCCACUGCAGCAAACACAGCAAGACGAGCAGCCAGAGCAGGAAAAAGACAGAAAUUCUUCUCCGUCCUGCUGCGACGACCCAUGCAGCAGCAGCAGCAACAACCAGCGGAGCAACAGCAACAGCAGCAGCAGCAGCAGCAGCAGAAGCAGCAGAAGCAAGCAGCAAGGCAGAGGGCUGCCAGCUAGACGGCAUUUGCCGCUGCUAAGACGUGCUGCAGCAGCAAGAGUGCAGCAGAGAGAAGCAAAACAAACGAGCAACAGAGACGAACAGCACGGCAAGGAUACUCCUACUGAGAGCCCCAGCAAACGAGGCGAGCCAGAGAUAAGCAGAGAGACAGAGACAGAAACAAACAAAAGAGAGAGAGAUGAGACGAAACAAGAGAACACGACAAACUCCGAAGCAGAAGACACCAGCAGCAACAGUCCCCUCACCAAGGGUUCUGUAUUAACGCAGCAGCAGCGGCAGCAGCAGCAGCGAAAGCAGCAGCAGCAGCAGCAACAGCAGCUGAGCCACCCUCAGUCUGAGAGCGCUUCGCCCGGGUGUAUGUGGGGCGGCAGCAGCUCAGAGGAGACGGCAGCCCCCUUCUCUUCUGCUCCCCCGCAAGAAGGGGAGCUGAUCGAUCCCGACCCCGACAUCGAUCCCGAUCCCAGUGCGGGGGGAAAUGCAAACAACAAAGAAGAAAAGAAAUGUUCAGGUAAAGGGAAAAGCUCUGGGGGCGGCAGUGGGGGAGGUGUCGAUACACCCCAGACAGAAGAUCCUUAUCUAAGCAGAGAAAUACUGGAACGCUUUCUUAAGCCUGAUGAAGCAGAAGAAUUCAUGAAGCAUGCGGACUUAGCUGGUAAAAAAUAUGCACACUAA